AUGGCCACACAAAAAUUUAGUGAAGACAUUCUUGAACAAUGUACAUUAUAUACUAGCUGUGAACCAUGUUUAAUGUGUACAGGUGCUUUUCGUUGGAGUGGUAUUCGACAGUUGGUUUACGCUCUUUCAUAUGAAAGACUGGAAAAAUAUGCAGAUGCUGAUGGUCCCUUUUCGUGUCGACCAUUUUUAUCAUCACCACAAUUUACAGUCAUUGGUCCUAUACUUGAAGACGAAGCUGUCAAAAUUCAUCAAACCUAUUGGUCUCGAUUCACAUCAUAA